AUGCUCAUGGUGGAGGAAACCUCAGUGCUGAGGAGAAGCAGGCCAGGCACCAAAGCACAGGAUUUCUAUAACUUAUAUUCACAGAACAUAAGGGCAGACUGCUGCAAUAUUGACAAAAUUCUUGAACCAUCUGAAGGCCAAGAUGAAGGUGUAUGGAAGCAUGAACAUUUAAGGCAAUUCUGCCUUGAGCUAAAUGGACUUGCUGUCAAACUUCAGAGUGAAUGCCAUCCAGACACUUGUACUCAAAUGACAGCAACUGAACAAUGGGUUUUUCUUUGUGCAGCUCAUAAAAUUCCAAAAGAGUGUCCUGCUAUAGAUUAUACUAGACACACACUUGAUGGUGCUGCGUGUCUUCUGAAUAGCAAUAAAUAUUUUCCUAGCAGGGUUAGCAUAAAGGAAUCAACUGUAGCAAAACUAGGAUCAGUAUGCUGUAGGAUUUACAGAAUAUUUUCACGUGCUUAUUUUCAUCACUGGCAGAUAUUCGAUGAAUAUGAAAAUGAAACAUGUUUGUGUCAUCAGGUUACUAAAUUUGUGAUGAAAUAUAAUUUGAUAUCUAAGGAUAACCUGAUGUACCAAUUUUAG